AUGGGCUUGAUUCCGUUCCAGUUCAAAACCCCGCCGAAAUAUGUCCUAGCAUGCAUUCUAUGCUCAGCUAGUGGUACCCUCUUCGGUAUGGAUACGGGUAUUAUCGGCCCCGUUACCGACAUGAAAGACUUCAAGGUCUCAUUCGGUAGUCAAAACUCCACGAUCCACGGCCUCAUCGUCUCAUGUAUCCUGAUUCCAGCAGCCCUCUCUUCUUUCUUCGCUGGCUAUGUUGCCGAUCGGCUUGGUCGCCCAAAGGGCAUCUCCAUCGGAGUUUUCAUCUUCGGCGUUGGAGCCGCAAUAGAAGCUGGAGCCGUCGCUCUAUCCAUGUUCAUUGUUGGCCGCAUCGUGGAAGGCCUUGGAGAAGGACUCUUCCUCGGAAAUCUUGUCGUUCUGAUUUGUGAAAUCUCGCCCACGAGCACUAGAGGCGCCCUGACAACUGGUCCGCAACUGGCUACUACCGUUGGUCUGGUCAUGGGGUACUUUAUCAGUUAUGGAACUUCAGGUCUUCACUCCUCGCUCUCAUGGCGUAUGCCGUUUAUCCUGCUUGCCGCCUUCUCCAUGAUCCUGUGUGGUCUCUCACUCCUUUAUCUACCCGAGUCGCCUCAGUGGCUAGGUCUCCAUGGUCGCUAUGAGAUGGCUGAAGCGGCGUGGGAUAAGCUGGGUGUCGGCCGUGCAGAGCGUGAAAAGGUUGUGCUGCAAGUGCGGGCACAAGAGCUUGACUCUGGUGAGCAGGUCAAAGAUGGAACCAUGGAUAAGCUUCUUGCUAUUUUCUCCAAAGAUGUGUUGGGCCGGACCAUCCUGGCAGUCUUUUUGAUGGGCAUGCAACAGAUGAGUGGUAUUGACGGUGUCCUUUAUUAUGCUCCACAGCUAUUCCAAAAGGCUGGCCUUGCCUCCUCGGAAGCAAGCUUUCUCGCCUCUGGUGUAUCAGCGCUGGUGAUUUUUGCUGUCACCAUACCGGGUUUGAUCUACGCCGAUAAAUGGGGUCGUCGAGCCAGCAUUAUAUAUGGUGGUGUUGUAAUGGGGGUCUUGAUGUUUUUGAUGGGAGGUCUAUAUGCUGGAAAUGCUGUCCAUCAGACAACUGGCCCCGGUCGCUGGGUCGUGAUUGUCUGUAUCUAUCUUUUCUCCGCUCUGUACUCUGUUACCUGGGGUAUCUCUGUCAAAGUCUAUGCCGCCGAGAUUCAGCCCCAGAGAACACGAGCGUCGGCUACCACAUUGGCUCAUUCAAGCAACUGGGUCUGCAACUUCUUGGUGGCUUUGACAACACCUGUUCUUCUUGCGAAAAGUAGCUUCGGUGCGUACUUUUUGUUCGGUGGAUGCUGUGUUAUCACGGUCGCUGUUGGAAUCAUCUUCAUGCAUGAGACUCAAGGUCGGACCUUUGGGGAGAUUGACGAAGCCUUCAAGAGGAAGUCUCCAGGAUCGCGGAACCAUUUUCGCCGUGGUAUGAGCGAAGCAUAA